AUGGGUUAUAAUCUCACUGCAGAGAUGUUUAGCGAGUGGGCUAUUGGACUUGUUGUUGUGGCAGUUCGUCUCUAUGCCCGCUUUUCUGUGGAUCGAGGAAUUUUCCGCUGGGAUGAUCUGUGCCUUGUGCUUGGGACGAUAUUUUGGACCUUGCUGGUUGUAUUUCUGUACCUAUGUACCGCUGUCUACGGAAGCAAUAUAGGUCUCAACGACACGACGGCAGCUGAGGUAUCAGACGAUUAUGUGCCUGCUUUGCGACAAGGCUCUAUCUAUGCUUUUCUUGCUUGGCUGGCAUAUAUCCUUAUGGUGUGGUCUUUCAAGGGAGUUCUUGUGGUUCUCUACAACAGACUCACCGUGGGCCUCAAGCAGAAUCGGCUAGCCCUAGCAGUGGGUGUCUUGUCAUUGUGCACCUUUAUCACGUCGCUCCUUUUUGACCUCCUCAAUUGUCGGCCAAUCCAGAAGAAUUGGCAGAUCAAGCCAUAUGCAGGAAAUAAUUGCACGGUCCGGCCAUUGAACUACAUUGUGAUUGAAGUCUUGAGCAUCCUGACCGAUCUCUGCAUCAUGUGCGUACCUAUUCCUCUGAUCAUCAUUGCCAAAAUCCCGACCUCGCAAAAAUGGAUUCUCUCCGGUCUGUUUUCCUCCGGAAUCUUCGUCAUGGUCGCUGCAGCCCUCCGUGCGUACUACUCCGUCAAAGAGCUCAAGACCCUUUCCACAGCCCUCGGUUGGGCAUCGCGACAAGCCUUUGUCUCGGCCAUCAUCGUGUGUGCACCAGGGAUCAAGCCAUUACUUUCGCGCUUCUCCUGGUUUGCGUCUUAUAGUUCAUCCCGCGGGUACGACAAGAAGGACCGGACUCGCACCACCACCUUCUUCAACUCCAAGAGCGGCGGCCGGGACGUUACCGUCGUUAGUACUUGCGAGCCUCAGCCGUAUGAGCUCUCUUCGCUUGGCUGGAAAAGAAACAGACACAUGUCGUCGGGGGAGAGCCAGGAGCAUAUCAUGGAUUUUCCCCUGCCAACGCAGCAGGGCAACGGUCCGGAUCUUGAAAGAAAUACGGGCAUCAUGAUCACGACGCAUGUCACUUUGGCGCACGAAGAUGUUGCUCCUGACGAUCUGCACACUGUGCCAACCACCCCACCAUUCCAUCAUUGAAAUGCUCACCUCGAUUGUGAAUCCACAUCUAUGACAUCGAUCACAGAGGCUUUUUCUUCUGUAGCUCAAUGGCUAUAUCAGCCCGUCCCAACACUCUUUUGUAUCUGACGAAAUUCCCUAUAUAACAUUACUUAUGAGUACGCCAAUUAAUGUUUAAUACCCA